AUGAACGAACCAAGUGACGGUAAGCUCAAUGACAGGAAGAGGAAAAAACCCGAUGACAACGCAGAGGAGGGAAAGGACCCCGGAAAGUCCAAAAAAAAAGUAGAGUUUGAAAAUGACGAAGAGUAUGAGAAGUAUCUCCUGAGUAACUUCAAGAAGGGGUCUCCUCGAGGAAGCGGGGGCGACGGUCGGCAUGACACUCGGCAGGAAUGGCGACGCGAACCCCGCCAUGAGAGCACUCCUGCCGAGGAAUACGCCCUCUCCGAUAUGAUCAAGAGCUUCUACAGCGAGGUGAAGAAAUACAAAACGGUAGAGGAUAUGGCGAAUGAAAUUAAAAGACUAGCAGUACAAAAUAUUAAGAAAAAUCUGGAGAUCAUCUGUAACAACGAGUGUACCAGCUCCUUCUUUGUGGAGAAGUAUCGAGUCAAAUACAUCAACGAGCAGGCUGAACUGAACGUCAAAUCGGCACAAAAUUAUUUUAAAGAAUUUUUAAUACUUUACAAUAGCAACAAUUUUGAUGAUUUCAGCUUGGAGGUGAAUACCAACGUGGACAAAAAGACAGGGGAGGACAGAAGAGAAAAGGAGAAGAAUAACGAACAGGGUGAGGAAGUAGCCAAUCAUGCGGAAGAAGACCCCCCUGUGAUGCACCACUCGCAGAAUACCCACGGUGGUGAUACGAACAGUGGUCAUAUCUCUCCAAAUAGAGAUCAAAUCGGUGGAGAAGAUGGCCGGACAAAUGACCACAUGUACAAAGCGAACACAUGGAAGGAGAAAAUGAAAUGCAAAAUUGAAAAUCCAAAUGAGAAUACCAACGUUCUCAUAAAAAUUCUAAACUACUUAUCCAGCACGUCACUCUACAUCGAUCACAUCCCGGUUAGCAUAAAAAAGUUCGAUAUUGUAAAAAAGUUAAACGAACUGAAUUACGAUGUGUUGAAUGCGAAUAUAUGGGACACAUUUAGCUCCAAAGAAAGUAGACCUUUCUCUUUGUCCAUCUCCACUGCUCCUUCUUUUCACAGAAGGGGAAAUAUAUACUUUAAAAAGCAUAACAAAAUGAGUGAGCUCUUAAAUGCCCUCCGUGAAAAACCACGUAAUGUUCAAAUUAAUGGCUGGUACUUAAACAGCGUGAAAAGGAAUAAUUACGGCUACGUGGAUUUGCGAAUCUGCCCCCCUAUAUGUUCCCACGUAGAGGUAAUUAAAGCCGAUUAUGAGAAGGCUAAAAUGUUGGUUAGAAAGCUGGACGCAUCUUGCCAUAUCGAUGCGAAUCUUCUGGGGCGCAUACGGGAAGAGGCCUACAUCGAGGUGAGGAAGAAGAAGAGGAAGUUGGGGGAGGGUCAAGCGGAUGGCCAAGCGGAUGGCGAAGGCGAUGAUGUAACGGUCGAAGCGAUUGCCUCAAACAAUGGUGAUAAUAAUGCUACAGGGGAGAGUUCCGACCAUCUGGGAGACAACCCCAUCAUAGAUAUCAUCGAAGGGAACAAAGAUCUCAGUGUGACGAAGAAGUUGGACAUCUUAAUUGUGUACCUCCGAUUUGUGCACAACUUCUGUUACUACUCAGCGAGGAAAUUCAACACGUACGACGAGAUGGUCAGGGAAUGUGGCUACUUCUACCUACGUGUAAACAUGCAGAAUAAGUUUUACAACAAUUUGAUCCCCAUUUUUUACGAAAAUUUUAACGUAAGCAAGUUGGAGCAGUACGGGCAGGGGAGCGGCUGGAUAGACAACUUCGCGGAUGGAUGCCAACGCCGCAAACGCGGCGAACUCCGCAACGAUAACCACGCCGUGGAUGGAGCACUUCCAAGGGGAGACCAGCCCAGCCAGGAGACCAACCCAAAUGAGCAACCCCCCACCUGCCCCCUUCUCCAGCGCCUGAAGAAGAAAUAUUUUAACGACGUGGAUAGCCUGUCGGAAUACCAACUCAAAUGGCUCCUCCACUUCGAGGAAGAAAUUAAGGACGCCAUAAAUGCAAACUACAAUGAACAGAUAGAAAUCGAAAAGACAAAAGAAUUUAUGGACAUUCUGAAAAAUAAUUAUAUUUUAAAACCAAGUGAUAAUCCUCGUGGGGAUGGGAAAAGCGAAAUACGUUGUGCUAAAUGCAAGAAGCUCUUUAACCACAUUAAGGACGUCCCCAACCACAUCUUCAUUAAACAUAGCCAAAUUAAAUUCAAACUCAUCACAGAAACGGAAGCAGAGAUAAUGAAGAAAUGCUUUUAUGAAGCCCCACACAGUUUUCACUUCCUUUUUAUGAUGGAGAAAAAAUAUAAUCUUGGCCAUUCCAAGAGUCAUUUAAAUAAGAAUAUUUUUAAAAAAAACCAAAAUUUUAAAAACCAGAAUUUUUAUCUCGUUCCCAACAGCGCCAAGAGUGACUACAAAGAUUUUGACGACCCCAGCUUGAAUAUCAUAGAGAAUGUAAAGCAGAGUGCUCCCAAGAACACCGAUUUUUACGACGACACGUAG